AUGCUUUUCGACAUUGCAGAGGCCUACACCAACGCUGAGCACACUGCCUGCUGCGUUGCAGCCCUCAGUACAAUCCGAAUUAUCGACGCACAAUCUGUAGCCUUUAUUCAGCCCAAGGCAUUUCAACUUGAGAAAGGAAAACAGAAAUUUGUCUACUUCUUCAAGCUGGAUGUAUUGAGUCAACUGGACCACCAGCAUUGCGUGUCGUUGGUCGGCAAGUACUCAGACCCCAAGUAUUUUGCUUUAAUCAUGCAGCCGGUAGGAGAUUACAACUUUUCACAAUACUAUGACCAAUACCAUAAUGCGACAGACAAAUUGUCCCUGCUCAGGGGGUUCUUUGGCUAUCUUGUGAGCGCAGUUCAGUAUUUGCACGAUUCCAAAAUGCGGCACCGCGACAUCAAGCCGCAGAAUAUCAUUGUCAAGAACCAUCAGAUCUACCUGGCCGAUUUCAUAAUUGCACAUAUCUAG